GUCACACUCACAUGUUAUUGUAAAUAAACACGCAAAUCGGACACCAAAUUGUGAAAACUGAAAAGCGUGUUAUGUUAUAAGUAAUAAUUUAUACAAAUAUUCUAUUCAACAGCAGCCUUAUUAAACAUUUUCGAAUUUAAGACUUAUUAAAAAUGGCUCGAGGAAAGGACAAGAAAAAACGUAAAUUAGAGAAAAAGGAAGAGACUGAAGAUGCACCCAAGAAAGUGCCCCAUACGUUGGAGUCGUUGCGUGAAAAAGAUGAAACUAUGCUUGCUAAUGUUGAGGAAGAAGAAAAAGAAGAGGCACAAAAAGACAUGGAACUUGAUGAAUUGUCAUCCUAUUUUGAGAAUGCAUAUGAGCCCAAAGUAUUAAUAACAUAUUCGGACAAUCCACACACCAAAACAAGAAUAUUCGGUAAAGAGCUGACCAGGAUCAUACCUAACUCUAUGUCAAGGUAUAGGCAAAGGUCUUCUGUGAAGAGGAUUGUGCAGUCCGCUAUCAGGGAGCAAGUGACUGAUGUGAUAAUCGUGAACGAGAAUCAGAAGCAGCCAAACGGUUUCCUGCUCAUCCACCUGCCCAAUGGCCCCACUGCACACUUCAGGCUGUCAAGCUGCAAGAUCACUCCGGAACUGAGAAAGGAUUAUAAAGAGAUAACCAACCAUAGGCCGGAGGUGAUCCUCAACAACUUCAGCACGCGACUGGGUCUGACCGUGGGUCGUAUGCUGGGCGCACUAUUCCACUACGAGCCUCAGUUCCGCGGCCGCCGAGCCGUCACCUUCCACAACCAGAGGGACUACAUCUUCUUUAGACACCACAGAUACGAGUUCACCCCGGACGGCAAGCGCGCCAAGCUGCGUGAGCUGGGCCCGCGGUUCACCCUAAAGCUGAUCUCGCUGCAGCAGGGCACCUUCGACUCCAAGCGCGGAGACUACGAGUGGAUCAUCGCAGGCCGCCGCCACCAGAUGGAGACCUCCAGGAGACGCUUCUUUUUGUAACUCUCUUAUACUUUACAAUACAUUUAAGAAUCAA